GGGGCCACAAGCGGCGCGAGUGCGCAGUCCGGCCUCGUUAUCAGUGAGGUGACGUCAUCGAGAACGGGCUUCGGACGGAGAUGCGUUUCGUCUUCGCGUUUUAUCACGGAUAAGUUAAUAUUUCCAGUUUCUCAGUAACAUGAUAACCGAGCGAGAGGUAGUGCAGAAGUUCACACCAAGUUGCAAAGAGUUGUAAAUUGGGGUUAUUUUCACAUGAUGUUGGGGCCCUGGGCAGUUAGGGAGGAGGGGGUGUGGCCUGGGCCCCCAUCUGGAGCAGAUGGAUAGAUAGAUAGAUAGAUAGAUAGAUAGAUAGAUAGAAACUUUAUUAAUGAUCCCUUAGGAAAUUGAGAAAAUGCCCCAAAAUAAGACCUGACGAUGCCAGUCGCACCCCAUGUUGACUGAAGCUGAUGACCACCUGCCAUGGUGGAUGAGACGUACUUAAGUGAAAUGGGACAUCAAGUUGACACUCAUCUACAAUGAGGCUUGUCUACAGCUCACAGGGGGUCUUCACAGGAGCCCCAGAAGAAAACUUUUCAUCAUCAACUCGUGGGGUUCCUCCUUGCAGAAGGCAGUACGCUUCCAAGGUCCUGGCAACUUUUAUCGUUUUCGCAGAGGAGGUUUGUGAUAAGAGGACUCCAACUCCUCCAUGGCUGAUGACAGGAUUGCAGGAUGGUCUGAGCAGGAGUGGGGAUAUGAAGAAGGUGUGGAGUGGGGCCUCCUAUUCCCCCAGGCCAAUGGUGACUACCAAUCGCCCAUCAACCUGAACUCUCGUGAGGCCUUCUACGACCCGACACUGCUGCAGACCAGGCUGACGUCCACCUACAUCAUGUGUCGGGACUGUGAGGUCAUCAAUGACGGGCGGACCUUGCACAUCAUGCUCAAGUCCAAAUCGGUGGUAACAGGGGGGCCACUUCCUAGCCAGCACGAGUAUGAGCUGCAUGAGGUGCGCUUCCACUGGGGCAAAGAGAACCAGCGUGGCUCGGAGCACACCGUCAAUUUUAAGGCGUUCCCCAUGGAGCUUCAGCUCAUUCACUGGAACUCGACUCUCUUCAGCAGCAUUGAAGAGGCCCUGGGCCAUAAACAUGGAGUCCUCAUCGUCGCACUGUUUGUGCAGGUACUCCUCCCACUGGUGGUCUCAAAGACACAUGAUUCAUCACCACGUGGUGUCAAGAUCGGGAAAGAACACCAGGGCCUGAGGGCAAUCACUGACGUUCUACAGGACCUGCAAUACAAGGGCAAGAUGAAGACGAUCCCCUGUUUCAACCCCAACACACUGCUCCCUGACCCCCUUCUACGAGAUUACUGGGUGUACGAGGGCUCUCUGACCGCACCUCCCUGCAGUGAGAAUGUCACCUGGAUACUGUACCGCUACCCCCUGACCAUCUCCCAGGUCCAGAUGGAGGAAUUCCGGAGGCUGCGAUCCCAUGAAAAGGGGGUGGAGCUUAUGGAGGGCAGCGAUGGUCUGCUGGGGGACAACUUCCGGCCGACGCAGCCGCUCAACGACAGGGUGAUCAGGGCUGCCUUCCAGUAGAGUCUUGGGGAAGGAGGAGUAGGGGCUGGAAGGAGUUAAAGAGGCACCGUAUGAACCUACAUGUGUUGGACAGCUAUGCUCACCAGUGAGAUCUCAAAGUCACCCCAAUUUGGUUUCAGCAAGAAAAAAAUUCAGAACAGGAAUGUAUGCUCCGACUGCAGAUGUUAAUGUUUCCAUUAUGUACUGACAGUGGAGCUGAAUAAACUGUUCAGAAUGUGGUGAAACGUCACCGUGGGUCCCGCAGCACCGAGAACUUGUGUGUGAGAUUCAUUUUACAAUGAUUCUCAGAUGUUUUUAGACAUCGCAGGGGAAGAACCCGCAGGCCUCCAAAUGACAAACUCAUCCGAAUAUUUAAUAACAUGAGCCACUGCUCACCUUGACAGAAGCAGUCCCUCAUUUUGCAUCUUAUGCUCUCAGACUGCCAGCCCACAUCCACUUCUGAAAGCCACACCCACAAGUGGGGGAGCAGGUUCAUGGGAAAUAGUUUUGUUUUUCCACACUCAAUGAUGUAGAAUUAUGGAGGAUGUUAAAGUGCAAUAAUAACAAACACAACAUGCAAAAGUCAGCUGUACUGUAGAUACCCGUUUAUGCUUUUCUCUAAAGAGAUACACUGCUCCCCCUCACACGGUGGCCUAACAGCUAAGGGUACAGUGGAUUUCUAUAUCUAUUAUGUGGAGAGGAGGCCACAAAACAGGACCCCUGGCAUAGGGCGCAUCCCAUC